AUGGCGCUCAAUCUCCUCCAGCUCCCCUUAGAGAUCCUAUACCUCAUCAUCGAAUACCUUCCCAUCUCCUCCCUCUGCUCCCUGUCCGGCACCUGCCGCUUGCUCAACAGCAACAAAUUCCUCAUCUGCGCGAUCGACGCCUACAUCGCCUCCGAUAUCCACGGCAUCCUUCUCGGGGUCGCCCUGACGGGCCCUCCUGCGACCAUGCGCCGCUGUCUCGACAUCGACCGCGCUACGCCGAAGGGAUUCCUCCACCUGCUGGCGCAUAAGGGACUGGCGUAG